GGUUACUUUCGUUUUAUUAUUAACCUUAAAAAUAAAACAUGUCACGAAUUAUGAAAGUAUGUUGGCAUGCAUCUAGGAGCCUAACUACAUAUUCAAAACUGUUAGCAGCUCGGAAAAAUGAAGGAAAGAAAUAUCCCAAAAUAUAUACAAAAACUGGUGAUAAAGGUUUAUCAUCCACUUACACCGGAGAAAGGCGACCAAAAAGUGAUGCAAUCUUUGAAGCAUUGGGAUCUACAGAUGAGCUCUCGUGUGCUAUUGGACUGGCUGCUGAAUUCUGCAAAGAAGCUAACAUACCAGUCAUAUCAGAGCUAGAACAGAUCCAGUGUGUGUUACAGGAUAUAGGAUCUUGUGUGGCUACACCUUUGUCUUCUGCUCGAGACUCCCAUUUAAAGAUGACGCGUUUUAAUGCAGAGCUUGUGACAGACUUGGAAAGAUUGAUUGAUGAUUAUACAGCAGAGUUGCCGCCCUUAGAAAACUUCAUCAUUCCUUCUGGUGGCAAAUCUUCAUCUUCACUACAUCUAGCAAGAUCCAUUUGUCGCAGGGCAGAACGACAUGUGACACCUCUGGUAAAGAGUGGUGAAAUGGAUGCAGAACCACUACAAUACCUCAAUAGACUGAGUGAUUUCCUCUUCACUGUUGCCAGAUAUUCAGCUAAGAAGGAAGGAAGGGAGGAAGUUAUAUACAGACGAAUAUAUCCUGCUGAGACAGACAAGUGAAAAUAACAUGUAACAGCUAUUCUGAUUGGUCGCCAAUAACUACCACGUGUAUCAGUGUUUAUGAUUUGUUGUGGCUGGAUCAUAAUGACAGAUUUAUUUAUUUUUGUAUAUUGUGUGGAGAAACGAAGGAGUGCAUGGUCAGGUGUUUGUCACAUAGUGCUUUCCAUCCUUCUCUAUAUAAUGAACAUCGGGGUGUAAUAUUUACCGAAUUUUAAUCUAGCCUCCCAAAUCUUAUGGCAUUGUGUAUACACACUAGGCAAAGGGGCAUGUCCCGUAUGGUCUAAAGACUAGACAUGCCCCGUGCACUAAGGUACAUGUAGGUUUAAAUACACAAAUUAUCAUAUCCUUGUGGCUAGAGAGAUUUACUUUGGUGAUGGUUUUUUUCCAAAGUGAUUCGGUGACUGGUGAAAUAAAAACCAAAAAAGAUUA